GACUUUUCCUGGGACUUCCGCAAUUGCCUCCACUUCUUGUUCCGCGAGCAUUUUCAGUGGGCCUGCGACGAGCAGCGGUUCGACGCCCAGGUGGUCCGCGUGAUCGGCGGGAACGUGCGGAGCUCGAAGGCGGACGGCGAGGCGUGGCGCAGGUCGGCGCUCGCGGGGAGCUUCGCGCGCCGGUUCAGCGCCGGGGGCCACCGCGUCCGCAUUGCCGCGGAGUCAGGCGAGGUUGCCGG